GCGACGCAGUAAAAUCCUCUGAAGACGAAGAAGACGAUGAGUCGUCCUCAGAGGAGAACAAACUGUCCAACGAGCUGUCCACCAGCAACGAGAAGCUGCAGACGCUGGCGCCGCAGUGGGUGAUGCCGGAGAAGAUGGAGAAGCAGCUCCACGCCGUCCCCGCCAGCCGGACCGUGAAGUUCCGGUGCCAGGCGACGGGAAACCCCGUCCCCUCUCUGCGCUGGUACAAGAACGGCAAAGAGUUCAGGAAGGACCAAAGAAUCGGAGGCUUCAAGAUCAGAGACCACAUGUGGACGCUGAUCAUGGAGUCAGUGGUUCCCUCCGAUAAAGGGAACUACACCUGCGUGGUGGAGAACGAAUACGGGAGCCUCAAACACACCUACCUGCUGGACGUCGUCG